AUGGUCUCUCUGAAAUUAUUUUCUUUCGUCGCUCUUAUCGCAUACUUUGUUUCUUCAGCUGAAUCUGCGCCAAUUUGUACAAUUAGCCUCGAUGAUCUCAAAGAACCACUUGAUACCUAUAUUGUUGUACUUCAAACACCUUCCGAUUCAAAUGAAGCUGCCAAUGUUGUAAAAAGUCAUUUUGAAAUAUUAGAAGGAUGCGCAGGCAAAUCAAUUACAAAUAUCUUUGGAUUAUCUGUCCUUGAUGGAUUGACCUUAGAUAAUCUUCGAAAUAAUCCCAAAAAUAUUUUAAAUUUUAGCGUCAAAGGACUUAGUGUAUAUACAGGAAAAUUUACCGAUAGUUUUGUCAAGAAUCAUCUAUCCAAAUUACCAGAAAUUUUAUCCAUUCGAAAAGAUAUCAAGUAUCAAUUAAAUGAUGCGAUUUUUAAAGAUAAUCUUGAUCGUGUAGAUGAAAGAAAAUUUCCGUUAGAUGGACUAUAUCAAUCCCCAGAUGGAAAAUGUCAAGGAGCGAAUGUUUAUGUUCUUGAUACAGGAAUUAAUACAGGUCAUACAGACUUUGAAGGACGAGCAAAAUUUGCUGCUGCAGUUUGUACUGGAUGUCAAGAAGUAGACGAUAACGGUCAUGGUACAAUGGUUGCUGGAAUAGUUGGUGGUAAACAGUUUGGUGUCGCCAAAUUAGUAAACCUAUUUGCCGUCAAAGUAUUAAAUGCUCAAGGUUCAGGUUUCUUGUCAGAACUUAUGAUGGGAAUAAAUUUUGUUGUUAACGAGCAUGAAAAUUCUCAGAAUAAGAAAACUAUCAUCAAUAUGUCUUUAGGCUUUGGACAACGAGUAGAAGAAGCUGAUCGCGCAGUUAAGAACGCUCAUGAUAGAGGUAUUAUUGUUGUGGUAGCUGCUGGAAAUGAAAAUCAAGAUACUUGCAAUGUAUCUCCAGCCGCAGCCGAUGGAGCAAUAGCUGUUGGCGCUACUGAACUUUCAAAUGAUAAAAAAGCCGACUUUUCUAAUUUCGGAAAGUGCACAGAUAUAUUUGCACCUGGACGGGAUAUAGAAUCAGCUCUGUUUCUUUCUCCAGUUGGUUCUCAAACGGCAAGUGGUACAAGCUUUUCCGCCCCUCAUGUUGCUGGUGCCGUUGCUUGUAUCAUUGCCAAUGAAGAUUUAAAUCCUGAAGCAGCAGCUAAAAAACUUUAUAAACUUUCCACGAAAAAUACUGUCGAAGGUAUCAGCAGUGAUACUCCUAAUCAAAUUUUUAUUUGUUAA